UCGCUACCACUUCAAACAAAAGUCGCCAUCUCGCGAGGGGCUGCAGUCUCGAACUUGGCCGUGAAGGACACCGACGUUUGCGUUGGUGACAGCGCUCAGUUACCCAACAAAACGUGCAUCUGCUCCCCGUACUCGUCAGGAUCUCAUUGUGAGACAAUCAAGUUCACCAAAGCAUUCUCCAAUGUGCUUGUGUUCGCCGACGUGGCCGCCAGCGACGCGACUCCAGCUGAUCAUUUAUUGUCUUCAAACAACUCUGAGCACACAUUGAUAUCAAUGGCGGCCGUUUGGCGGAACAAGCUGACAUUCAUCUUCUCUGAAUCUCCUCCACAAAGUCUCGACACCGCUGGGGAUAGAUUCGAUGUAUUCAGAAGGCUGGCAGUGGCGACUCAUGGUGACCUUCUCAUUGUCAACAGAAGCGACGUGGCU